UCGCACUUCACACCAGCAGUGGCAGUGGGUUGUCUUGUAGUUAAAUUCGGCCUACCACUUCAAAUAUUGACCUUUUUAUAACGUAAAUCACCAUGAAACCAGAUCAACACAAGAAAAAACGGAGUGCUCAGUAUAAGAGAAAGCAUGGCCAAGCUCAAAAGGCAGAGGCCCCAAAUAGGCCAAAUUCAUCAAAGUCGAACUUGUCGAAGGCUGCUUCUGAAAUUCCAACUCCAAGUUCAUCGUCCGCUGCAAUCGCAAGCAAAUCGAGAGAUGCCUUCUCCACCAAAGAAUCAGUUCAGUAUGGCCAAACAGAAUCGCAAAGUCACAGCUCAUCAUCACAGAGGUAUCUAAGCAAUGGCUUUACACAAGACGAAGCUGAGGGGGUGAGAUGCUUUUCGAGACGGAAGAUUGAAAGCAACUGGGAUCGCUACGAACCACUGGAUGAUGAUGGAGAUGAGUCGUGUAACUAUGAUGGAUUGAAGGGAGCCGACUUCAAGGCACUGCUCAGCCAAACAGGAGAUGCUUCCAGUCAGUUCCGCUUUAAGGAUGAGCAGCUGUGGGAUGAAGAAGAGUCAGACCUCAGACAGGCUCCAGAGGGCAUUCCAGCCAUUGAUUGCCAAGGUCUCUCCCAGAGGUUGAUGGCAAUCCCUCUACCAAUCAGACUCAACAUUGAUUGCUCGUUCUUUGAGCCAUCAGUGUUGGAGAGCUUUGAUGCGCUUGCCUCCAGACACAAAGAGCGAUUUGGCAGCACUCCAGGCAAGAAGGUGUGGACAUCAGUUGGUGAGGAUAAAUCAUCUCUGGUACCAGUAGCUGGUGAUCAGGUCUUGGAUACUGAAGAGUUCGACAUCGUCGGCUUUGAGGCAGAGAAUGAUGAGGAAGUAGCGGAAGAGACUCAGACCAAGAAUGGACAGACACAGUCUCCCUUGGACUUAUCUGUCAGUCAUUGGCAGGAGGAUGUCCAACAAGUGACCCUUCCUGAGUUAGACAGAAGACUGCAAGAUGUGCCCAGUCUUGCCACAGUUCAUCAGGUUCCAGACAUCGCGUUGACUGAGGAUGAUGCAGUUAGGCUGAAGAAGUCAGAAUAUUCAGACAUUAAUGGAGAAAGUGUUAAUAAUUCAGAAAAGACCACCAUUGUAGUGAACACUUCUGGGGAAGAUCCAUCAACCCCAGUGCAAAGUCAGAAGAUGCCGGAUCUUGCAUCCAACCAGCAAGAGAUUCCAGCCCAUGACACAAAGAAUGCAUCCCAAACUGGUUCAAGACUCCCUUUCAGUUCACCAGUGCCCAUGCAGAAACCCCAAGCAAGCGCACCCCAGCCUUCAGCACCAAAUGCUUCAGACGCAGAUGACGACGAAUUGAAUUUCUUGUUGGCCCUGGAGAACCCUGUGCAGACGAGGAGCAAGCCAGGCAUCACCAGUGGACAGCUAGACGAGGAGGAAAGGGUAGAGAGGCUACUAGAUGAGGACAAGGAGAAAUGCCCAAGACUACCCGACGAUGGGGACGAGAAAUUCAAGCCAGCGCUACCCCUUGUGAAGACUGAAUCCACUACCUGUACCAGUAGACAGAAUGGCUCAGAUAGCCUAGAGGACUGGCUUGACAGUGUGCUUGGAGAUUGAUCUGAUGUCGCCAUUUUCUGAAGAAAAACAUCGAAACUUGACGUUUUGGUUUAAAGCAAGAUUUUGGACCUCAUUGUUGAUUCACGUAUGAUUGACUUUUUGCCAUGCUGAGAUACCAUUCUAAAUCUCUGCACAGUUGUUGGCUUUAUGGGAGGUAUGUCUUCCUUAAUGAGGUUUCACUCUGACAUUUUACAAAUCUUGAGUCCGUUACAUUUUUUUACAACUUUAAAUGCUGUUUCUAAAGAGAGACUAAAAGCAGAAAGUUACAAUGUACAUGCUGUCAUUCAACUUCAGUCUCCCAUUGAUUGUAGCAUUGUCUGCGUUGUCAUGUGUUAGAAUUUUAAAAUGAAAACACAAGAGCAUUGGCGUAUCCAGGUCUUGGGUCCGGGAGGAUCAAAAUGGAAUUUUGUCUCAAAACGGUCUCAAAAUGACUAUCAAUUUUUUUCCCCCUGUGGAAAAAAUCCCUCCCCCCCAGAAAAGUAAUAGUAUUGUUUCUAAAUGGCUGGCACUUUCAGUUCCUUAAAAUAUAUAAAAGGAUUACCAAGAUGUUUACGGAGGGCAACUCGCCCUACCUCCCCCUUUCCUGCUGGAUACAUCAAAGCACAAGAUGGCACUAUUCUGGAUGGGAAAGAUUCCCUUUUUCUAUGGAAGUGUACAAAUUGCCUCUCAAUCGAAUAUGUAUUUGUGUAGUGCAUUGGCAUUGGUUGCAGGCUUGGGUACAUUGGACUGGUAGAUAACAGCAACAUUUCAUCCAGUCUUGAUUGAAGUCAGAAGACUGCCCCUUGUCAAUCACAAGUGUAAACUCCGGGCAGUCAUCCAUGUACUGUAGGUCAGUACACCAGAUAUUUAGCUGUAACAGAUUGGAAAUCCCAAUCUUGGGGCUUGACUUGAGACUCGACGGACUUGCAUGGACUCAAACGAACUUGACAACAACACAGUCUGCUUUUGGCUGCUGUAUUGGCACAUUCCAGCACAUUUGUUGCAGUCUUUAUGAGCUUCAUGCACAUGUACAUUCUGUGAAAGAAAGGAGCCCUUGGUAUGCUUUUGCACACUGCGCAUCAGAAUUGACAGUGAAAAUCGUGACACUUUGUAAAGAGUGUGCAAAGAAUGAAAAGCGCUGAUGGGCGAUUACAUCUAUAAUUUUUGCUGAGUACUUAAUUGAUAUGUGGGAACAAAUUGACACAUCACCUCAAAGGAGAGUUAACUUGUUGAUGUGUAAGACGGCAUGCUUAGGUGAGACAGGUCAUGCAUGUGUUGUGGAUACAUGUACAUUUUUGCUCUUUCUCUGAAAUGAAGGGCUCCUUUCCUUUCAUGUUAUCUUGAACAAAGUAUCUAGUUCCUGUGCACACCUUAAUUUCAGCAGUUCCAUGGGUAAAAGUCAGUUCAAACCGAGACUUUGAAAUCACCGCCUUCCUCUAGACCGCACUUUAAUCUGUUAAAUUGGUGUGUUAAAUGUAGAUGUAUCAGUUUGUGCACUCGAGGAGGACAGUCGUCAUCACUGACGGUCUCUAGAAUCACUGGGGUCCCUGGCGUAUAGUUUGUACGCAAACGUUUCUCGUUGUCAUGUUGACCAUUGCCAGUCCACAAAAUAAAGGGUCCUGGUCAUGAAUACGCGUAUUGCACAUAAUUUUCACUUUGGUGUAAGCACGCCUAUGGAAAGGUCAUUGCGUGAUCGGUCAAAUGAAAGGAACUCGCCUACACAGUAAUGCCCUAGUAUUGCCUUUACCGAUAAGUUGCUCUUUGAAUUAGAUCAAUUCUGCCUUAUCAUUGCAGCAGUAGCACUUUCAUGCAGUUCUUUGAAAUAUUCGCGGCAUGUGCAAUGGCCAGCUGUUUGCACAGACAGUGAACGGAUACAGAACAUUUCUGAUAACUGGAAGCUGGGUACAUGUAUUUCAUGGAUACAGGAGCCGUGUAUCGAUUGGCAGUCUCACGUUAUUGAUCUCAUGAUGAAAACUUCACAGCUGCUUUGUUUCUGUUUUUGGCAGGAUGCCCAGUCCUCAAAAAAGUCCACGUGUAGGUUUGGAACAUGAAAAGAUGUCAGAGCGUGUUCUCGCGUGCAGUGCCACUUUUCUCAUCUGCCCCGACCUGUCGAUUUUAUGCGGCAGUGCGUCGUGUACAUAAUGUUGCUUUCCAAAAUUAACCCAGCCAAGAUCUGUAUGCACGUACAUCGUGCCCCACCGUCAACUUCUUUUUUUGUGUGGGGAGGGGCAGGUUUUUCCCUCAGAGUGGAAACUCCAGCGGAAACGCAUUAUUGCCAUCAAUAUCGAUUAUUUAAUUAGAAUCUUACUCAGAGAUGUAAAGACUUUUUACACCACAUUCGAAGAGUUUCUUGAAGGUGGGUUCCCACAUCAACCAAACAGUCGGGAGUGUGUUUCAGAGGGUAGCCACCGGGGGGCACCCCCCCUAUUCCUAGCGCCCCUAGGUACCCCCACUACAAAAGGGAUGAAUGUACAUUAAACAAGGAGAAAAGCUUCCCUCCCUAAAAAAAAAUCACACCGCUGAAAGCUGGUGACCUCCCGUAAGAUGUUGGUCCCCCUUGUGCCCCCCCCCGUAAAAUCCUAGCUACGCCACUGGUAUGUUUUCGCUGGAUAACACUUGAAUUGUAGUCUUAUGAAUUAUUGCUUACUUCCUGUAAAUACAUGUACAGUUCACGUCGGUAUCUGAACUUGCAUCAGUUAUUAAACUGAACUGCAGUGCUACAGAUAA